GACGCACAGCCUUGUUUCACUCCACCGGGGGAACAUGUCCCGGGCAGCGGCUAUUGCCAGCUCCCUGAUCCGCCAGAAGCGGCAGGCAAGGGAGCGGGAGAAGGCGAACGCUUGCCGCGGCAGCGGCAGCCCGAGCAACAGCAAAGGGACAAACGAGAAGCCGAGCAAACUGAACGUGUUCUCGCGUGUGAAAUUGUUUGGCUCGAGGAAGAAACGGAAGAGAAGGCGACCACCAGAGCCCCAGUUAAAGGGCAUUGUGACCCGGCUUUCCAGUCGCCAGGGCUUCCAGCUGCAGAUGCAGCCUGAUGGCACCAUUGAUGGAACCAAGGAUGAAGACAGCACCUAUGCUGUGUUCAACCUGAUCCCAGUGGGGCUUCGUGUGGUGGCCAUCCAGGGCGUCCAGACCAAACUUUAUCUGGCAAUGAACAACGAAGGCUUUCUCUACACCUCCGAACAUUUUACUCCAGAGUGUAAGUUCAAGGAGUCGGUGUUUGAGAACUACUACGUCACCUACUCCUCCAUGCUGUACCGUCAGCAGGCUUCAGGUCGGGCCUGGUACUUGGGACUCAACAAGGAGGGUGGAAUCAUGAAGGGGAACCACGUCAAGAAGAACAAGGCCGCUGCACACUUCAUACCGAAACCGCUCAAAGUGGCCAUGUAUAGGGAGCCGUCCCUCCAUGACCUGACAGAACUCUCACGGUCAGGCAGCGGCACGCCGACCAAGAGUCGCAGCGCUUCGGCCCUACUCAACGGCGGAGGGAAGUCGCCCAGCAACAAUGACUUAUCCUAGCCCCCCACCCUUCACACCUCACACACACUCACAGACAUGCAGACACACACAC